UUUGUUUUCUCCUCUCUCUCUCUCUCACACAAAUUUCUCACCGACGAUUCUUUGGAAAUCGAUGGUGAUAGGUGUGGGGAAGGAGAUGAUUAUCUCUGUCUUCGUCUCUCUGUUCCCGAAGAGUCCUCUCUUCGCCAUUGAUGUUGUCGAUGUUGAUUGGUUUCUCCAGAGACGAAUCUGUCUCUUUGCCUUCGAUUAUGACGAAAUCUCCAAUAGGAGAUGAAGAUGUUCAUGAAAAGUGGUGUGAUGGAGAUCGAUUAGGGAGCCAACGCGUUCAAUCUCGACUUUCAUCCAUCGAAGAAUCUACAGAGUCUUCACUUGUCAGGCUUUCGCAGCUCUCUGAUGGAUGCCAUAGGGAAGUUUCAGCAGAGCAAAGCUGGUGGGAUGUUCAUAGAUUCAUGCUUCACUCAUUGCCAGACUGUUACGUCAGGGACAUGAAUCGAAAACAAGCUUCUCCUCCUCCUUCAAUAGCUCCCUCAGCCCCAGAUUUCAACGGACACCCUCAUCAUGUAUCUCCAUCUACUACUCCACCGCCUGAUUUAACUCCCAGUAAUGUACACCGCGCAUCAUCUCCUCCUCCACCUUCAUACCAUCGACAUCAUCAAGACCCAAAGAAGAUCACAAAUAGUCCAGCUCCUUCACCACCACCACAACCAACGCAUCUCAUAACUCCAAGGAAACCAAAGCGUAAAGGUUCAGUGUCUCCUCUUCCAUCACCACACCAUCUUCGUUCUCCUCCAAUUCAUUCUUCUUAUAUUUCUCCUGCUCACCCUCCAAUCUCUACCUCAAUGGAUCAUAUCUCCAUAGCUCCAGCACCUUCUCCUACCCAAGGCAAUUUCUUGCACUAUAUAAGCCGGUUCAUAGCCGGUUUUGCAAUCGGAUUCUCUAGCGUAUGGCAAAUAAGUCUUGUCACUCUGUCCAUAAUCCCUCUCAUUGCUUUAGCUGGUGGCAUCUACGCGUUCAUGGCCAUUGGACUUAUCGCCCGAGUCCGGAAAUCAUACAUCAAGGCCGGUGAGAUUGCUGAAGAGGUUAGUUACUUGUAUGACAAGUAA